AUGGCUGGUGGGAAGAGGCACGCUCGUUCCAGCCGAAAAUGCGCAAAGUGCGGCCAGGCAAGCUGGCCUAGUUACAUGGACAGCACAUACAGCUUUCCCGGGUACAUGGAAUUCUGCCGCUGCUCCUCUGGUGUCGAUGUGACUGUUGACGGGGAUGUGCUACCUGCGUGGUUACAAGACUCAGCAACCGUCGAGCACGAUAGCCUUCAGAGGAACACAUGCCGAUACGACUCCAUCGAGCAUGAUCGCCCUAAGGGGAAUACAUGCUCCAUGUCCAGCCGAAUAUGCGCAAUGUGCGGCCAGGCAAGCUGGCCUAGUUACAUGGACAGCACAUACAGCUUUCCUGGGUACAUGGAAUUCUGCCGCUGCUCUUCUGGUGUCGAUGUGACUGUUGACGUGGAUGUGCUACCUGCGUGGUUACAAGACUCAGCAACCGUCGAGCAUGAUAGCCUUCAGAGGAACACAUGCCGAUACGACUCCAUCGAGCAUGAUCGCCCUAAGGGGAAUACAUGCUCCAUGGAUAGCUCCAUUGGUUCAGCAGGUUCGCAGUGUGAAUGCUGGGGUCUUGCUGGUCUUGGUGGUGCUUGGACGGAAGAUUCAAAUCGAGGGCGUAUGCUUUUCCUGUCAUUUUCUGACUUGGCGGUUGAAGGUGGCGCCCGCGCGAGGCAAGGAACCUGGAUUGGGGUUUGGGAGCCACUUCCAGACUCUUUUCGUGGAGAGGUGCAGACAUUGGUCCUGGACUCGGGAUUUGAUGGCGAGCAAUCGUUGCUAGGCCGGAUCAUCACUUUCGAUGUGGUGGCGUCCGGCCACGUUGACGGCGUCAGGGCGUCCGGUGGCAUUCGCGCCCUUGCAGCCAAGAUGCUAAAGCAGGAGCGCCGCGUAUGCCUUGGUGGGGCGUUUCGCUACUUCGAUCCCGGAGGCGACACCACGGAGGCCUUGGACACGCCUGUCAGGAUUCGGGCUGCGGCAGGUCAGGGCGUGGGCAGGCAGUUCGCAAGCAAGCAGUUGGAGGCCCCUUCCUACUCAGAGGGCCAGGCCAAGAAAUACAUGCUCUGGUGGCACAAGUGUACCAGCAUUCUGGGGACGGUGGCGCUCGCUUCCACAUGA